GUAUCGCCGUGUCGCGGGUGCGAACACAAUGUCCACCCUGCGCCCGGAGCUCCGGCUUCUGGAGCCUUUUGAUAUGGCAGGCACAGGCUCUGGCGUUAGGGAAGCGAGUUUGAGCUAAAAUCAAACGUUUGGGAGGGAAUACCACCCCCACCCCCCCCCGCGUUGCUUGACUGGCUUUCUCCCAAGAUCCUGCUGCAAAAGAGGUUCAGGGAAGCCUUUCGGGAAAGAAGAGAAGCAUGAAAACAGCCCAGAACCUUCACCGAUAUUGAGAGCCCUGUUUUUUCCCGCUCUGAAACCGCACAUCCCUUUGUAAUGGACACGGUGAGAGGUGGGAUGUCGCAGCCCCUUCCUCAGAUGCAGCGCAUGGGCUGGAAGUUAAAAACCUCAGAGAAGAUGGUUUGAAUAAGGCCUCUCACUUCCACGAGGUAUUACAGGCAACACGUGAUGUUGCUUCGGAUUCCUGUGGCUAAGGUACAUCAGUGUUGAGAGAGACACUAGGAACUCUUCUCUGAGAGAAGACGACUUCCUCAACCAAAAUGGUGGAGCCGGUGCUACACAGAUGCUGGAGAGCUCUUCAGUCCUUUUGUUCAUUGUCUUCUUCCUGCUUUUCAUUUUGCUGCUCUUUGGGGUGCUCAUCAGGAAAAACGGCACUGCUGCCAUUUUCUGGAAUGAAAUAAUCCGGGAGAAAAUAACCAAUUUUAUCAUGAAUCAGAGCAAAGAACAGAGGAUUUUAAAUUUCGUGCUGCAGAAUGCAGUCCGAGGAGACCCCUGUAGUGUGCUGGACACUAUAGAUAAGUACUGCUCCCAGAAAGAGUGGGCCAUGAAUGUGGGCAAUGAGAAAGGCUUAAUUCUAGACAAGACAGUGGAAGAGGUCAAUCCAUCAGUUGCACUGGAGCUGGGAACAUACUGUGGCUACUCAGCAGUUAGGAUUGCUCGGCUACUGAAGGCAGGAGCUCAUCUUCUCACUGUGGAGUUCAACCCAGAAUUUGCUGCUAUAGCUAAACAGAUCAUUGAGUUUGCUGGAGUACAAGACAAGGUAAAACUCCUAGAAGGCCCUUCAGAGAAAAUUAUCCCCCAGCUGAAGAAAAAAUAUGAAGUGGAUACUCUGGAUUUUGUCUUCUUGGACCACUGGAAAGACAGAUACACACCAGACACCAUCCUGCUUCAGGAAUGCAACUUGCUGCGGAAGGGAUCGGUUUUUCUGGCUGACAAUGUCAUCGUCCCAGGAGCUCCAGAAUUCCUUAACUAUGUCCGCAACAACCCCCAUUUCCAAUGUACUAACUAUCCAUCUCAUCUGGAAUAUAUGGAAGUGGGGGAUGCUAUGGAAAAGGCUGUGUUUUUGGGAUAAAGAGAGCCAUUUAUACUCAACCUUUGUUUCGAGUGAUGUAAACACAACUGCACAGGUUAACUUGUCUGUGCUCUAAUUUUUUUUUUUUUUUGAUUAUGGAGUCUGUAAUUAAAGCACUAGUGGAGAUCAGACCAGGUGGAAACCAAGAUUGGGAAUAAGUAGGGUAACUGCUCAAAGGUCUGUUCCAUUGUUUCACAUAAUUCAGCAAACCCAAGGUGAUGCAUAUUGCCUUGACCAUCAUUAAACAACACAGUGUUAUUUUGAGUUCAAACCUGAACAGCCACAAUUUGGGCUCAGGGUGGGGUGGAAAAAGUUGCUGCAGCUUCUGAAAACUUGUGUCCUUAAGCUAAACUGACUAAUUACUAUCAAGAGUGGAAAAAAGCAUGUGUGUGGCAAGGAAAGGCCAUUUCAGGAGCCCUGAUUUUGCUAAAUUACUAGCAUUCCACUUAUUGCUGUAAAAGCUCCUAUUGUGAUAUCAGAUACAUUUUUGCAUAGUUACUGCAGAAGUUAAUCAUCUCUAUGCUAGAGAAAAGGGCAUGCACUGAAAGAAGACCAACCCACGCAGUGACGAGAAAAUAAACCAGAAUUUUGCAGAAGACAAACAAAUAAAAUUAUUAAUCUGCCCAUGCAGAUGUAAGGAAAACUGAAGUAAUAAAUAGAUUUAAAUAAACACAGUAACAAACAAUAACAAAAGGACCAAGCUCUUUACAAAAAACCACCAAAACUACAUAAUAUCAGAGACCAUGAGAAAAUUAUGUUUAUCCCCUCAUAUUUACUUAUCCCUUCUUUAUAUUGUAUAUACAUAGUGUACGCUUUAUAGGGGCAGGGCAAGCUGCUUACUCUGAAUGCUGUGCAUGUUUAAGAUGCUAAAUAAAAAUAAAGACCAGAGAGAAUGGGUUUUACCAGGUGGGUCCCGCACAGCCUGGUUAACUUCAGUGUUGUUAACACCAUGUGAAUAGUGAGGGUUGUCACUGAGAAGAUACAAAGCCAAAUCUGAAGUAUAACUCACCUGAACAAUGCAAAAAUCCACUGGCAUUUCCUGGCAUGUCCUGCUGUGAUUAUAUAAUGAGGCAAUGGUUGCAUUUAUAAAAUAAAAACCUAAAAACAA